AUGACCACACCGCGCAAACACCGCGAUCGGUUGCCCAUCCCUCUCCCGCUGGCUAGGCAUGGCAGUGGAGAAGAGCCUUGCCAAGGAUGCAUGCUCCAAGGAGCGACCAGAACGAAGCCGGUGCCCAGGGCGGACAACGGACAAACUGGGCUGCCCAAAACUUCGCCUCCGUCCCGAGAGUUGGUCUGGAGGGCUUCCCGAGAUCUGGCUGAGAACGGAGAACCGAGACGAAGGGCAGAUCCAUGUCUACCGAUUCCCGAUGCCGUGAAUGUCUCUUCUAGCUGCGCCGAUGCUGGGCAGCGCCUUGGACGGCCUGAAGCCUUCGCGAGAGAGCCGUCCACUAGUCAAGCCGCGCGAGCCAAAACGUGA